GGGCGCGGGCGCGGGCGCGGUCGACCAGGGUGUCGCCUGACCCGGUGUCCCGCCAACUCUGCAGCUCCGUCCAGCUCUGCCCUUAGGGGACGGGGGAAUGGGGUGGGAGAGGCUUUUCUGGGGCUCCAUCAAGGAGCUUGGAUUUUUCUCAGAGCGAUGGUCUCAGAUCCUGGGGUGUGCCCUUCUCUGGCAAAAGACGGAGCGCCUAGAUGUGCCCUCAAGUCAUUCUGCCGCAGGAUUCCGGUGUCUGCCCCCUUAGCGGGAGUGGGCCUGCUGAUAACCUUUCUUAGCACGUUCGGCUGCCUUGUACGGGCCCCAGGUCUGAGCGUGAGUAUGGCAGAAGGGGACACCCUGAUAUCAGUGGAUUAUGAAGUUUUUGGGAAAGUGCAAGGAGACAUGGGUUCCAUCCCUGGUCGGGGAACUAAGAUCCCACAUGCCGCGGGGCAACUAAGCCCACUCGCCGCAACUACGGAGCCCGUGCACCACAACUACAGAGCCCACAUGCUCUGGAGCCCGCACGCCACAACUAGAGAGAAGCCCGCGCACCACAACGAAGAGCCCCUGCGCUGCAACGAAGAUCCCGCCUAAGGCAACUAAGACCCAACGCAGCCAAAAAUAAAUAAAUUAAUUAAUUUUAAAAAUUCACCCUUUUAAAGUGUAUAAUACAGGUCUUCCCUGGUGGUGCAGUGGUUAAGAAUCCGCCUGCCAAUGCAGGGGACACAGGUUCGAGCCCUGGUCCGGGAAGAUCCCACAUGCCGCAGAGCACUAAGCCCGUGCGCUGCAACUACUGAGGCUGUGCUCUAGAGCCUGCGAGCCACAACUACCAAAGCCCGCGUGCCUAGAGCCCGUGCUCCACAACAGGAGAAGCCACUGCAAUGAGAAGCCUGCGCACCACAACAAAGAGUAGCCCCCGCUCGCUGCAACUAGAGAAAGCUCACACGCAGCACUGAAGACCCAACGCAGCCAAAAAAUAAUAAUAAUUAAAUAAAUAAUAAAUAAAUUUAUUAUUUUAAGUGUAUAAUACAGUGGUUUUUUAGUAUUCAUAAAGAUGUACACUAAUUCCAGAACAUUUUAUCACCCCAAAAAGAAACCCCACAUCCAUUAGCACUCACUCUUCAUCCCCUCAGCCCCUUGCAACCACUAACCUCAUUUCUAUCUCUAUGGAUUUGCCUAUUCUGGACAUUUAAUGUAAAUGGAAUCAUACAAUAUGUGGCCUUUUGUGUUUGGCUUCUUUCACUUGACAUGUUUUCAAGAUUUAUCCAUGUUGUAGCUUAUAUCAGUACUUCA